GUUCGCUCGGGCAAUAUGACGCAGCCACCGGCGCCUGCGCACACCACUUUUUAUUGAAGUCUCGUGGCUCAUACGUUAAAGUAUUAUUAAAUUUACUUAUUUUUCGAUUUUUAUAAGUUAAUUUUAGAGACUAUGUGGGUUUGAAAAUAGAAGAUGAACAUUUUAUACAAAUGUCAAAUAUUAGUGUAAAAAUUGAAAACAAAAUUCGGACCGAAAAAAUGACUAUUCUCCCCGGUGUCAGUUUGUCUGCCUUCAGAGGAUUCGUCCAUCAAGUGCUUAUUGUGAUAUUGAUAAAUAUCCCAACGCUGUCCUUCGGUCUAGCCUUCGGCUGGGUGUCCCUGGUUAGUGGUGAAGAUGGCGAGGGGGAGGGGGAGGCGGUGGUGGUCGCUGUCACCACUUUCACGGGGUGCAUGAUCGGAGUACCACUCAGCGCGUGGGCAAUCAGUAUCGGAAGGAAGUUCGCUAUUAUAGCCACAUCGUUCUUAUUUGUAUUAUGCUGGUCUCUGAAACUGGCGAGCCCCUUCCUGGGCGUCUGGAGUGUGGUCUGCGCUAGAGUGUUGGCUGGUCUAGGAGGCUCAUCAGCUUGGGCUCUUGCACCACUAUUGGCCCGUGAGAUGUGCAGCGAUAAGUACCGCGGUGCUGCUGUUACAACUUUAUUCUUGAUGCACAAUGUCGGUAUUCUGCUUAUGUAUCUAGCAGCUGAUGCAGCAUUGAAGCAGAGCACGAUAUUGUGGCUAUGCCUUGGUGUCUCUGUCAUCCACUGUUUCAUAUCGUUGUUCAUGCCAGAAUCUCCGUCUUUUCUUGCUGCGCAAGGCAAAAAUGGUAAAGCGCGGAAAUCGCUAGCGUGGUUGCGCGGCAUGUCCCCCGGCGACCCCUCGCUGAGCACCGAACUGGCGACCCUGCCCACACCGGAGCCCUACGAGAGAUCGCCCUUCGGACUGGCCAAAGCUAUGUUAAAGGACAGGAGGCGCCGAAAAGCAUUCAUAAUUGGGACCAUAGCAGUGGUCGGUCAAGAGAUGUGUGGCAUACUCUCCAUUAUGCAGUACGCUGAGAGAGUGUUCAUCCUGGCAGGGGAUGUGCCGGUAGAGAAGGUUCCAGAAGCCUUGUCAGAUGGAAUAUCUGUCAUCGCACCCUCGGAGUCUCUCGUGUCGCCUUCGCGUCAUGCGGUCGUGCUUGGUGUGGUGCAGCUAGUGUUCGCUGCUAUCGCACUCUAUCUAGUCGAACGGGUUGGAAGGAGGCCCCUGCUCGUCUGGUGUGCAACACUCACGGGUAUCGCUUUAGCCGCGAGUGCAGUGUUGGUUUACUUCGGAAGUCCCACGUUCGCUGCGGUGGGACUGGCAGCAGCGGUGGCGGCAGACGCGGCUGGACUCCAACCAGCGCCGUACUCCUUGCUGGCUGACAUGUUUGACUAUGAGUUCCGUGGGUGCGCACUGAUGCUGGCGACCGCAUUUGCUAGCGCCGGGAAUACCUUUGAAUCAGCGAUCUUCCCCGGCGCUGUUGCAGUCGGGGGUCUUACAGCAGCGCUUGGACUUGGAGCAGCAAUGACGCUGGCCUACGCGAUAUUCGCAGUACUAUCAGUUCCCGAAACAAAAGAUCUCACACCAGAAGAAAUUUACCAAAUAAUAAGUCCCGCUAAGGACGUUGAAACCCCCCAAAAUGCUUGCGAUAAGCAAACGAAGUGCGAAGAGCAAAUAACUCCAGUGAUAUGUGUUAAAAUAGAACGAAACGAAAUGAAUAGUGUCAUUGAUAAAAAGAGUGUUGAUGAAUGCUAUACCAGAAUGGGUCUGCUCGACAAGCUGUCAGCUUGGGUCGGUGGGGGAGGGGUGCCAGCGACGGUGCUCGUCCUGGGGCUGGACAACAGCGGCAAGACCACGCUUCUGAGAGCCCUGAAGCCGCCCGAGCGAGACCGACCCUCGCCUACCACACCCACAGUACCCACCGUAGCUCAGCAGCAACAGAACUUUACUAGUGGUGGCGUAUCGUUCAGUGCAUGGGACGUGUCGGGUGCGGCGAGAAUGCGAGCGCUAUGGGAGCGCCAUUACCGCCGCGCUAACGCUGUUAUAUUCGUCGUCGACUCGGCUGAUCAUCUCAGGCUAGUGGUGGCUCGUGAAGAACUGGCGUUGAUGUUAGCUCACCCAGACGUCAGCGGAAGAAGAUUACCACUGCUAGUGAUGGCCAAUAAAAGUGACUCGCCACACGCACUCUCAGCACCUCAGGUUGCUGCAGCACUUAGCCUGGAACGUAUCAGCGACAAGCCAUGGCACAUCUGCGCCUGCAGUGCCUUAUCAGGCUCCGGGCUGCCGGAAGGCGUGGCGUGGCUCGCGAGGCAGCUCCGUGAACAACUACGCUGAAUGCUGAUAAAAGAAAAGACAAUAAAAAUAACACCAUAUUGAACGUCCCUAGUGAGAAACCCGCAUUUACGCACCAAAUACAUUGAACAUUAUGUCAAUAAGCGCCUGUAAUUAAAAUUUUAAUCAUUUGUUACUAUUGCUGUUUCGUGUUUGUUAUUAUUUGUGUUGUUUUAAACAUAAUAUACAUAAAUAAAUA